UUUUUUUAAUCAAUAUACUCUCUCCCUUACCCCCUUACCCUCUUAGCUUUCUCUCUAGCUCACUUCUUCCUUGGAAUCUCUCUCUCUCUCUCCCUAAAUUUCUAGCUCUAUAUAUGUUAGCCAUUGAGGUAUAGUGUGAUAGUACAUAACCUAUCUUGAAAGCAAGGAGUGGUUGAGAAAGAAGAAAGAGCUUUUGCUUUUGAGCUUGGUGUAAUUUGCAAGAGCUGAGCUUACAGCGCUUCCUCUCUUUUGCUUGCUUUGCUUUCUUUGUUUGUUUCUUGGUUAAGCGGUUAACGGAAGGAGUUUCUUAAUUUUGUGAUAAUUGCAUCACAGCAAGAGCCAUCAUGACCAGCUGCAUCGAUGUUGCGACUGAGCAACUCUGCUACAUCCCCUGCAACUUUUGCAAUAUUGUUCUCGCGGUGAGUGUUCCAUGCAGCAGCCUACUCGACAUUGUGACAGUUCGAUGCGGGCACUGCACCAAUUUAUGGUCCGUGAACAUGGCCGCUGCCUUUCAGUCACUGUCCUGGCCAGAUGUCCAGGCACAAAACUAUAACUAUAACGCGCAGAAUUACCGGAUUGAGUCAGGUUCCUCAUCCAAAUGCAACAAGAAGAUUGCAACCAGAGACCCUACUGCAGAUCAUGUCACUGAGGAAAGGGGUGUGAACCGACCUCCGGAGAAGAGGCAACGUGUACCUUCUGCAUAUAACCAGUUCAUAAAGGAGGAAAUUCAGAGGAUCAAGGCCAAUAAUCCAGAUAUUAGCCAUAGAGAGGCUUUCAGCACUGCUGCCAAAAACUGGGCGCACUUCCCUCACAUUCAUUUUGGGCUGAUGUUGGAGACUAACAAUCAGCCUAAGCUGGACAAUGACUCUGAGAAACAUCUUAUGUCAAGGGCUGCACUGCUGAAUAAAUGAUCGACGGUGUUCAUGCAGUGAUAUCAAAGUUAUACAAGAAUUGCGUCGACUGAUCUACGUACUGCGUUUGUUUUAAGGAAAUUGAAUUGAAUUAUGAUAUCCUUCUUCUUUGUUUGUACUGUUGUCACCUCAGGGGGUUGUUUUCUACGUCUACUUUCCUGAAUUAAAUAUUUCUUAUCUUCAUCGAUGCUUAUGCUUGUUAUAUAAUAAAUUUCCUCUUGCUAUAAGAUGACCUUGAUCUGAUAUAUUUUCCUA